AAUAUAACUCCUUAAAACACAUUUUAGAUGCAGGUAGGUCUUGAAGGAAGUUCUGCUGGUCAAUGGUGGUUGGAAAUGAUUGGAAAAACCUUGGAUGAAGGAUCGACUUUUAUCCGUGUUGGUUUCAGACAGUUGGCAGGCUUGGUUAUUUCUGUCUGGGUCAGAAGUAGCAUUAGUCGUUAUGUUGGCGAUGUUGAUGUUGCAGCAGUACCUUGUGGUUUCGGGCGUGCAAUUGGGAACAAGGGAGCAGUAGGAUUGAGGAUGAGAGUAUAUGAUCGUACUAUGUGCUUUGUGAACUGUCACUUUGCUGCACAUUUAGAAGCUGUCAGUCGCCGGAAUGCUGAUUUUGACCAUGUUUAUCGAACUAUGGUCUUUAGUCGGCCAUCAAACUUUCUCAGUGCUGCUGCUGGUAUGGUGCCAUACCUUUUCACAGCUUGCUUGCUUGCCUGCUCUAUGUAUUUAUUCUGGGUUGUUUAUGGUUCUCGGUUGCCAUUGGUCCUUUCUGUUGCAGCUGGCGUAUCAUCUGCGAUUCAAAUGCUCCGCAGUGCAAAUGGUGCGUUUAACUCUGCAGAAGCAAUGCCAGAGCUGUCUGAGGCAGAUAUGGUUGUGUUUCUUGGUGACUUGAACUAUCGGCUUGAUGGCAUUUCUUAUGAUGAAGCAAGAGAUUUUAUUUCUCAAAGGUGCUUUGAUUGGCUUAGAGAGAGGGAUCAGUUGCACACAGAGAUGGCAGCUGGGAAUGUCUUCCAAGGAAUGCGUGAAGCAGUAAUCAGAUUUCCUCCAACAUACAAAUUUGAGAGGCACCAAAUUGGCUUAGCAGGGUAUGAUUCUGGUGAAAAGAAGCGAAUUCCUGCUUGGUGUGACAGAAUUUUGUAUCGUGAUAGCCGCUCCGCCUCAGCUUCCGCGUGCAGCUUAGAUUGUCCUAUCGUCUCAUCAGUUUUGCAGUAUGAAGCUUGCAUGGACGUAACAGAUAGUGACCACAAGCCUGUAAGGUGCAUAUUCAAUGUGGAGAUUGCUCGAGUGGACGAAUCAGUGAGAAGGCAAGAAUAUGGAGAAAUCAUUAGAUCAAAUGAGAAAGUUGUGCUUAUGCUUGGAGAGCUGAAUAAAAUUCCAGAAGCAAUAGUCAGCACAAAUAACAUAAUCCUCCAGAACAUGAACUCAUCCAUCUUGCGCAUUACAAAUAAGAGCGGCAAAAACAAAGCUAUUUUUGAAAUAACUUGUGAAGGCGAGUCCACUGUUAAAGAUGACGGGCAAGUGGUUGAUCAUCCUCCAAGAGGUUCUUUUGGUUUCCCUCGUUGGCUUGAGGUCAAUCCUGCAGCUGGCAUCAUUGAACCAGACCAUAUUGUUGAAAUUUUAGUUCACCAUGAAGACCACCAGACACUUGAGGAGUUUGUUGAUGGGAUACCUCAAAACUUUUGGUGUGAAGAUGCCAAGGAUAAGGAAGUCACAUUGGCAAUCAACGUCCGUGGUUGCUUCUCAACGGAGACAAAAUGUCACCGUAUUCGUGUACGCCACUGCUUUUCAGGCAAGCCUUUGCCAGCAGAGAUCAUGCCCAACAACUCUAACAAUCUGCGGACAAAUGUCCUCCACCGAUCUGACUUUCAGCCUCUUGGUUUUGCGCCUGAUGUUGUUGACGACCUAAUAAAUCUAAAUAGUCCUUGACGAGCUAGCUUGUCUCCAGGUUGAACCAUGCCCAAAUCGCGUGGUUUUAAUUCAAUGAACUGGCAAUCCAAUCUGUGUAUGUGUAAAUAGUCACCAAAGGUUCUCAGUAUUAUGCAACAUCUCAACAAGUAGGACUUCUCUAUAGGAAAUUUCCUUUGAAUAUGUCAUUCUUUUGAGUUGGCCGCUUCUGAAAUUUUCGGACUGUCACUUUGAAAGUGUAUAGCGUAAAUUGCACACUUUUAAUAACCUA